AUGGAUAAAUAUGUUAUUCAAAACACUGACUCGUCAGUGUCCCCAAACGUCCCUCAACCGAUUAACAUUCCUGAUCUUGGGAAGAGUCUUCUUAACGCCUCUCGCAAUGGUGAUGUUGAGGAAGUAAAAAGCCUUCUUAAUAACGGUGCUCCAUUUGCAACUGAUUGGCUGGGUAUGUCUCCUCUUCACUUUGCCGCCAUGAACGGUCAUUUGACUACAUGUGAAGCUCUGCUGAACGCAGGCUUUAGUCGGGACGCGAGAACCAAAGUGGACCGCACGCCAUUGCAGCUGGCUGCUCAGGAGGGACAUGCUGAUAUCGUCGAAUUACUCCUAAAAAGUGCAGCUGAUAUCCAUGCCGUUGAUACCUUGAAAAUGACCGCUCUUCAUUGGGCUGCCGAGCGUGGGCAUUACCCCGUUAUUCAAGUGCUUAUGCGGUUUGGGGCUAACAUACAUCGGAAGAAUAAGUUUGAAUUGACCCCCCUUGAAAUAGCUGAGUUACGUGGUCAUACCGAAGCCAAAGAUGCCAUGUUGAUGACACAAGUGGAGGUUAACCCUGCUGUUGGGAAGAUGGCGGCACCUAAUGAAGAUCUAGCAGAUCCGACAGCAUUCAUCAUCACUGAUGAAGAAACAGUGAUUCCGGCGGCACCGCCUGCGGAUGAAGUGAUUAUCUCUAGCGUCAAGGCCGAGCCAAACACUGAUGAGAUGUCCGUGGGUGCAUCUGACCCUCUGUUGACCGGAGAUAACAAGGAAGCUUUACUUGAUUGGGUGGUCUCUGGCUUCGGAGGCAAAGGUGUUGUGGAAACCAGCCAGGGUUCAUUCCCUCACCUCACUCCUACGGACCAGUACUUUGUAUCAUCAAAUAAACCCGAUCGCACCUCAUUCGAGUCCCAGUUUCUCGAUGGCCUGGACCUUUCCUUUCAGGCACUGGAAUCCAACAACCUUACACAUCUUAGUUCAAGUCCCAUUGAUAACAACAUGCUAGUUGUUGAGACACCGGACGGAAAAGUUCUGUAUGUGCGUCAAGAAGAUAAUGAAAACUACUCAAAAAUUACUAUUUUUAACAAAGACGGGGAGCUAGUCGACGAUGACGAUUUGCUCGAAGAGGUAACCACUGCCCUUUCUAGCUACCAGAAUCGGGAAGACGUUGGAAACAAUUUUCUUGAUACGCUUGAUGAAGACAAGCUUCUGAAGUCGGAUGACCUACCGGUGAGUGAUCUGCUAUCAGGUGUAGAGGCGACGGAACUUGACCAUGAGUCCGACAAGGGUAUGCUGCUUCAGCAACUCGUGCACUUCGCCAAGGGUGGGGGCGGAAUGGGCUCCUCACUCUGCGUCGAUGGCUCCGCCUUUGUUCUUCCACCGGGUGACACGGCCUCUGAGCCACGCUAA